AUGAGAUUCUUCUAUCUUCUAAUCGUUGAUACUUCUCCGUACAUCUUUGGAGCCCAGGCUUUGCCAAGAACUAAAUUCUGGGAGUAUCUGAAGACGUUUCUUCUCAAGCAUUUCAGUGAAGAAGAUGCUGUUAAAAUAAUGGACUGCAUGAAACAGGCUAUAGAAGAAGUUCUACUUUCAAUUGAUCAAGCUAUAGAGAAGAUCCAAAUUGAUGCAUCUGCUACUGAUGCAGGAAAAGAGGCAGCUGGAGAUACAUUUGAAGGUAAUCAGGACUUGAUGAGAUUGAAGGAGAUCUUUUUUGAGAUGCAAGAGGUAAGAGAUGAUAGUCAACAACGUUGGGCCGUAAGAGAUGACAGUGAAGCUAUUGAACACUUAGAAGAGCUAUUACAAAUAUUGUAUGAUGCUGAUCCUGCUGUGUCAAAGACAGCAAUACAAGAAGAUAAAUAUGAAAAUGUUCUUACACUUAUCUCGUAUUAUCAAUUGGAACAUCGUGUUCCAUUACGUCUACUUUUGUUAAAAGUGUUUGGGGCAUUAUGUACUUUGGAUCAAGAGUGGGACUUGGAGUACGUCAAAUUUCUUUUAGAGACUAUUGAAAAUCCUCCUGACUCUGAUAUUGACGAUGAACUACCCGAUGUCUUCCUUAAUGUCUUGCUAGCUUUAAUCAACAUUUUGAAUGUUAAUCCUUCUAAUAACUUGGUUAUGCAAGGUCUUAAGGAAUCUUCUAAUCCUCGUACAUUUAGUGAGAAACUGAUGUUACUUGUCAACAGAGGAGAUGAUCCUGUAUCUAUUACAAAACCAUGUUGCCCUGAUUCUCUUACAAAAAUACUACUUGACUUAUUUGCUGAUGAAGUUACAUCUAAAAUAUUCUACACAACAGAUCUUAUGGUACUAAUUGACAUCAUAUCACGACAGAUUCAUGACCUCUGUCCUGGAGAAAAGCUGUCUUUAAAUGCCGAGUUCAAUAACAUUAAGCUGUCUUUAAACUUGAUCAUAGCAAUUCAGAAGCAAUAUCAGGAAUGCUUGUUUGAAGAGACUCUCGAAGCUAAUGCUUGCAGUGCAAUAAGGCAGUAG